GCACCAAGCAUCAGGACAGCUACAGGGGCUGCCUUGCAACACCCUCCAAAACCUUCUACAUCAGCACCAGGCAUCAGGACAACCACAGGGGCUGCCCUGCAACACCCUCCAAAACCUUCUACAUCAGCACCAGGGAUCAGGGCAACUAGAGGGGCUGACCUGUAACACUCCCACCCCCCUUUUUUUUUUACAUCAGCACCAAGCAUCAGAACUGUUAGCUACAGCAGCCUCCCCUGCUUUCCACAUCAGCACUAAGCAUCAGGAAAACUACAGGGGCUGCACUGUCACCUCUUCCAAAACCUUCUGCAUUAGCACCAGGACAACUACAAGGGCUGCCCUACAGCACCCCCUUUCCAGCCCUCUGCUUUUUACAUCAGCACCAAGCAUCAGAACAGUUAGCUACAGUAGCUGCCCUGCAACAGCCUCCCCUGCCUUCCACAUCAGCACCAAGCACCAGGACAGCUACAGUGACUCUCCUGCCACAUCUUGCAUUGCCUUCAGCACCAAGCAUCAAAACAGCUAGAGGGGCAGCCCUGCAGCAUCUUGCAUGUCUCACAAAGCCCACUUUGAGUCUGUGUGACUGUGAGAUUGUGUGUGUCUCUAUAGCUGUUAUAUCAUUGGGUCUGUCAUUUACCCUCCCUCCUCUGUUCUCUCUCUCUCUCACACUCUCUCUCUCUCUCACUCACUCUAAUGUGUGAUCCAGAAAGCUUAUAAAAGCCUGAUGUAAUUCGCUAUGCAGCCCCUGGCUACAAAGACGGGAUCUACUUUCACUGAGAAGCUAAAAUAAAAAGACAGACAGAAGGCAUUGCAUACCAGCGGAUCCUGAGCAAACAUCUCUCUGGGAGACAAUUUCCUCCUGUUGUGGGCAAGCUGCAUGAAAUCUUCCUGAAGAAGGCUUGAUUGUCUCAUUGGAUGUAACCAUUUCUGGGAUAUUUAACUGGGAUUGUUACCUAAAGGCUGCUUUUCAUCUCCAAAUAAAGGUUGAGUGCUCCUAUUACCUGCACAUUGUGCUAUAAAGUUCCUUCAAGCCACCAGGUUUCCUAUUCUCCAGACUGGGCUCAUCUCAGCCUUUCUCUGUUUUGGGAGAUAGAGAGGGUUAUGGUGCUGGGCUGAUGAUCUGACACCUGGAAUUUGUCCUAAGGAAGACCAGGAGAAGAUCUGAAGUGAAAGAAUCUCAGAUUUCCUAUUUAGCCACACGGUGGAGCCUGAGACAAGCAUACGGAGGCUGGAUUAAUUUCGCACAAGCCUCAUAAACUGUCUCUUUUUCUCUCGCUGCACCUGUUAUGUCCAAGAUCUGGCCCCUGCCUGACAAUUACUUUGAAUUCCAAAGGACCAGAGACCUAGGAUGAGGUUCGUUGCAUUUUCCCACAACCUGCUUUUCAUAUUUUCACUUUUUUUUGGGUGGACUGCAGCCAGCCUUGACUUGGGACAGAAUCCGUGCACCACACUGGUUCAGGGUAAAUUUUUUGGAUAUUUUUCCUCUUCGUCUGUCUUUCCUUUGAACUCGUCAGUGUGUUCGUGGAUUAUCCAGAAUCCAGAUCCUAGGAGAUAUACUUUGUACAUGAAAGUAUCAAAACCUUCUGGCAUAUGCGACCAUCAGCAGAUACGAACCUCACAGUUUGACUCGUUUCUGGAGUCCACUCGUACGUACUUGGGGAUGGAAAGUUUUGACGAUGUGUUGAAACUGUGUGACAGUUCUGUUGAGUAUGCUUUCCUUCAGUCUAGUAAACAGUUUCUGCAGAUGAAACAGACUGUACCCCUCCUGGAAGGUGCACAGUUGCAGUGGAGGUCCAUCAAGCCUCAAGGGACAGAUUUCUCAUUGGAAUACCUUGUUCUGGGCAACAGAAACCCCAGCAAAGCUGCCUGCCAAAUGCUCUGCAAAUGGCUGGACACCUGUCUCACUAGCAGUAGCAGUUUUCACCCUUGCGGCAUCAUGCAGACUCCUUGUUCUUGCCAUGAAGGGGAGGUUCAGAGUCAGAUUCAUCCUAGUGAGAUAACAGGGUUAAAUAAGAAGAAGGAAGACUGUUUUAAAGAUGGGAUCUAUCUGGAAAACUGCAUGAGCAGCUCAAAGGGUGUGGGAGAAUUUCAGGGUGGUUGGAAUUCAUGGACAUCUUGGGGAGACUGUAAUCGGGACUGUGGUGGUGGACUUCAAACCCGCACAAGAACAUGUCAGUCCUUGCCUGACAAUGGUCAAAUUUGUGAAGGGGUCUUGGAAGAAGGGCGACUGUGCAACAGAAAGGCAUGCACUGCUGCUGGAAAAUAUGAUUCUAGAAGUCAAUCCCUGAGAUCUAUCGAUAAUAAAAGAAAAGAAGACACAGAUGAUCAAUUUCAGUUUGGGUAUCCCGCACCCCAAAUAGGGGGAGACCCGGCUGAGGAGUGGUCCCCAUGGAGCGUCUGUUCAGCAACCUGUGGUGAGGGGCUUAAAUCUAGAACCAGGUUCUGUGUCUCAUCAUCCUACAGCACCCACUGCAGUGGACCUCUCAAGGAACAUAAACAAUGCAACAGCUCAGCCGAAUGCCCAGUGCCUGGCUCUUGGGAUGAGUGGUCCCCUUGGAGUCUGUGUUCUUCAACCUGCGGACGAGGAUUCCGGGAACGAACACGGACUUGUAACCCUCCUCAGUUUGGUGGUGAGCAAUGCAAAGGACCAGAAAAGCAGACCAAGUUUUGUAACAUUGCCUUGUGCCCAGUUGAUGGUAACUGGAUUGAAUGGUCAAGUUGGAGCACUUGUUCAGCCAGUUGCUCCAAUGGUACUCAGAAGAGGACACGAGAGUGCAAUGGACCAUCGUAUGGUGGCUCAGAGUGCACUGGACAGUGGUCAGACACAAGAGAAUGCUUCUUAACACAAUGUCCAGUUGAUGGGAAGUGGCAGGUCUGGGGGACGUGGGGCGGCUGCACGACAACAUGCGGCGGAGGUAUACAGAAAAGAGAACGAACAUGCUAUGGCCCAUUUUUUGGAGGUGAACCUUGCCCAGGACAAGCGGAAGAAUCCAAACAGUGCAACGACAAAAAGUGUCCAGAACCACACGAGAUUUGUUCUGAAGAAAAUGUUGCUUCUAUUGUUUGGCAAGAGACUCCAGCAGGCGAGACGGCCACAAUUCGAUGUCCUCGGAAUGCCACGGGGCUGGUUCUUCGAAAGUGUGUAUUAGAUGAUGAAGGCGAGGCAUACUGGGAGACUCCGACUUACAUCAAAUGCGUUUCCCUUGACUACAGGAAUAUUCAGCAGAUGAUACGGGAUCAUCUUGCUAAAGCCCAGCGAGGGCUGAUUGGGGAAGGUGUCUCAGGGGUGAUUCAGAAUUUGGUAGAUGUUACACAAGAAGGGACCAGUUAUAGCGGGGACGUAAUGUCGACCAUUGAUGCCCUGCGCAAUUUAACAGAAAUCUUUCGCCGGGCUUACUAUACCCCUUCAUCCAAUGAUGUUCAGAACUUUGUGCAGAUCAUCAGCAACUUGCUAUCAGAAGAAAACAGAGACAAGUGGGAGGAAGCUCAAAUGAUGGGACUGAGUGUGAAAGAUGUUUUUAAAUUGAUCGAAGACUUCAUUGAAGUAAUUGGAUUCCGAAUGAAGGAUUUCAAGGAUUCCUACCAAGUUACAGACAAUAUAGUUCUGAGUAUCUACAAACGUCCAGCCAACAGUGCAACAGAUAUACAUUUUCCGAUGAAGGGAUGGAGAGGAAUGGUGGACUGGGCCAAAACUUCAGAAGACAAAGUUUCGAUUUCGAAGACUCUGCUUUCAACAGGACUGUCAGAUGCGGAUGAUUCCUCCAUCUUUGUCAUUGGCACAGUGCUCUACCGGAACCUCGGGGGCCUUCUGUCACUGCAGAGGAAUAUGACUGUACUGAAUUCGAAAGUCGUCUCUGUCAUCGUGAAGCCUUCUCCCCGGACCAUCUCAGUUCCUCUGGAUAUUGAAUUUUCUCACAUGUACAAUGGAACGACAAACCAGACGUGCAUUCUGUGGGAUGAGACUGACAUAUCCUCUAAUCUUGGAGCCUGGUCUUUCAAAGGCUGUCGUACAGUCCCGGUGGAUUCGUUUCAUACUAAAUGCUCCUGUGAUCGCUUUUCAAGCUUCGCCAUUUUAGCUCACCUCAGUUCAGACAUGAAUUUGGAAAAAGUGUUCGUCCCCUCUGUUACGCUGAUUGUCGGAUGUGGGGUCUCAUCACUUACGCUGUUAUUACUGAUAAUAAUUUACGUAUCGGUGUGGAGGUACAUCCGAUCAGAACGCUCAGUGAUCCUGAUCAAUUUCUGCCUGUCUAUUAUGUCUUCAAAUGCCUUAAUACUCAUUGGGCAAACGCAAACCGGUAACAAGGUGAUAUGUGCGCUGGUGGCAGCUUUCCUUCAUUUCUUCUUUCUGUCCUCAUUUUGCUGGGUGUUGACAGAAGCUUGGCAGUCCUACAUGGCAGUGACGGGCCGUCUUCGCAAUCGGAUCAUUCGCAAGCGUUUUCUGUGCCUUGGAUGGGGGCUUCCUGCUCUUGUAGUGGCAAUUUCUGUUGGGUUUACUAAAGCAAAAGGUUAUGGAUCAAAUAGCUAUUGCUGGCUGUCACUGGAAGGGGGCCUUCUGUAUGCAUUUGUGGGACCGGCGGCUGCAGUUGUCUUGGUUAACAUGGUCAUUGGAAUUCUGGUGUUCAAUAAAUUAGUGUCGAAAGAUGGAAUAACAGAUAAAAAACUCAAGGAGCGGGCUGGGGCUUCUCUGUGGAGCUCUUGUGUGGUCCUACCACUGCUGGCUCUUACGUGGAUGUCCGCCGUGUUGGCUAUAACAGACAGACGCUCGGCUCUGUUCCAAAUACUCUUUGCUGUGUUUGAUUCCUUGGAAGGAUUUGUGAUAGUCAUGGUGCACUGCAUUCUCCGACGAGAGGUCCAGGAUGCUGUAAAGUGUCGUGUAGUUGAUCGUCAGGAAGAAGGCAAUGGAGAUUCUGGUGGUUCGUUUCAGAACGGACAUGCACAAUUAAUGCUGGAAGAGGCUAGCAAUCCUUACAUCUGCACAGCCAUGGUGGGGCUGAAAGACAAGAAAGUAUCGUCUGAAUUUGAAAAAGACGUAGACUUGGCUUGUCGAUCAGCUCUAAAUAAGGAUAUUUCAUCAUGUAGAACCUCUACAAUAACAGGGACAUUAAAACGACCCUCUCUACAGGAUGAGGAAAAGAUGAAAAUGAGCCAUCAGAAAGGAUCAAACUUUAAUAGUCUUCCUUCCAAUGUGUCAAAAAUGCAUCUUCAAGGAUCUCCGUAUCUAGGAGGCAUCAAUCUGAAUGAGUUCAGCAAUCAUACGCUCACUCUUAAAAAGGACAAAACUCAACCACCCAAGCCAAUUUAUAUGUGUGAAGGAGAUAUCUUCAAAAAGUUGGACUCAGAACUCACCAGAGCUCAAGAACAGUCAAUGGACACAAGUUAUGUUAUUUUACCAAGUAACACAUCAACUCUUAGAGCAAAGCCGAAAGAUGACAGUAAAUACAGUGUGAACAUUGAUCAGAUGCCUCAGACCAGACUCAUACACCUGAACAUGGCAGAUCCCAGUUACAUGGUUAAAAGUCCUCCAAGAGAACGUAUAGGUAUAAAAUGUGCAGAACAGGGAUCACCAAUGCAAAAACAACAGAUCCAUCCCAGUGAGUCGCAGAUUGCUAUGGGUCUUUGUGAUAAAAUGGACUUAGGGACCUCAGGAAUUACGUCAAAGACUGAAUCUAUCUCUACACUUUCUAUGAGCUCCUUAGAGAGAAGAAAAUCUCGAUACGCUGAGUUAGAUUUUGAGAAAAUUAUGCACACCAGGAAACGACACCAGGACAUGUUCCAGGACUUAAACCGAAAGCUUCAGCAUGCAGAGAAAGAAAAAGAAUCCCCAACGGCUGAAAGCAAGUUAGAAAAGCAACAGACACCAAACAAGAGGCCAUGGGAAGGAAUGAGAAAAAUACAGUCACCCCCAUCAUGGGUUAAAAAGGACAUGGAGCCCGUGUCCCCAUCUCCUCUAGAAUUAAAGACUGUGGAAUGGGAGAAAACCGGAGCAACAAUACCUCUGGUGGGACAAGACAUUAUCGACCUUCAGACUGAAGUCUGAAUGUUCCAAAAAAGACUUCUUUUUAUUUUUAAAGAGUAUGAUUCCAUUUAAAAAGGAGAGAAGUUUGGUUUCGUUUGAAACCUUGUUAAAGUACUUUUGCAUUGUCUCAGAUGGGAUAUUACAUUAGACUAUAGCGAUAGGUGCAACACGAUCUCUCCCAGGUACAGCAGAAAAGGAACUAGGUAAACCAUAAAAGAUAAAGUUCAGUGAUUGGACAUCGACUGCAGUGGAGUAAUCGUCCAUAUCGUAGAACUGCUGAGAGGUGAUGCAGAAACAAGACUCAGUUUGUUUGGCUGGCAGAUGUUAUAAAUUACACUUAUACAAAGAUACUCAAAAUUAAAUUAACAAUUACAUGGUACUGGUCUAUUAUAUAACAGAACAUUUUAGAAAGAGAAGUACAAUCAGUGAUUCCUCCUUUUGUUCACAAUCUUCAUGCAAUAUUUAAAAGCUAAAUAAGUAGUGCCCGCUAGAGCUGGCCAAGAGAAGCAACAGGGAAAAAGAAGGUGGGAUAUGCACAGGACAACCUUUUAUACCCUUAACGAGGUUCAGAAAUGUGAGACUUUUCCAAAAACUGCAGCUUAGGAAGGUUUUAAACAUAGCAGGUCUACACUAUACAUUGAAAGGAAGUCUCUGACUGUUAUAAAGAGAAAAAAGUAUGAGAAUACCUACAAAUUACCUUUUCUUUAUCCUUUGCUAAAUUAGGCAGAGGUUUGUCAUGAGGAGAGUGUUAUCUACAGAAAUGUUUAUAUAGUUUUGUAACAAGGCUUGUGGAACUUGACAGACUGCAUAGAAACGUAAGCUAUGGAGAUACAAUAAAGUGUUCUGAAAACUAAGAGCACUUGUUUCUUUGCUCUUGUCCUCUUGAGAAUCUUUCCACUGGACCAGAGACCAUGAAGAGUCAUGGCAUCGUCAAGUAAUGCCUUUGUGUUUGCUCCAUGGUUGGGUAAGGUCUUGAUCUCGUAUAAUCUGUUCGUGAGACACAACUCUGUCACUUGUCAGGAGCAAACAUCUCAGAGAAAAGGGAUGGCAAUGGAGAUCAGAAAGUCUAUGGUGAAUGUGUCGAUGCGGAAAGAUGCAUAAAUUAACCUUAAUGGAGGUUGCUUGAUAUGCAAGCAUUUUUUUGCGCCAAUGUUUUUAAAAAAUGACAUUUAUCUUGUCAUUAACUGUAUAUUAAAUAACUCAAUAAAUGUUAAAACAAUUUUAAAAAAAUCCAAAAUAUUAAAUAAAGAGAAACAAGAUUAUUAAAACUGUGAUGUAAUUGUCAGAUUUUAGAUUAUAUAUAUAAAUAUAUAUAAAAAAGAAAGCACAAGGCCUCAUGUGCCGUGUUGUAUAAUAUUGUAAUUAUAAUAAUUACACAUAAUGAAUUUUAGCCUAUAAAUAUCUUUAUACUGUGUUUAUUUUUUUCUAACACUCAGACACCCUGGUCAUCAGGUUUACGGACAUUAGCCGUGUUAUGUUACAACUAACCUACAUGUUUGUUUAAUAACUGUUGAGAAUCUCUAUCCCCCCUCCCAAUUCCUCUGGUUAAUUCAUAUAUAUAUUUUUUUUUUAAUCUUUUUUUUCCUAUCUGUGUUUGUCAUUUUUUGU